UUUGACAGACAGCUAGUUUCAAAAUAUUUUUUGUCUUUCAGAGUAAAAAUGUCUAUAAUGGCAAGCGAUGAUGCGACCAAGCGAUUAAGCAGUAAGAAGCAGACCCUGGAUGAUGCGUAUGCUGCGCCCGCCAAUUUCCUGGAGAUUGAUGUUAUCAAUCCGAUCACACACGGGGUCGGGAAUAAACGUUACACCGAUUACGAAUGCCGACUCAAGACAAACCUGCCGGUUUUCCGAGUAAAGGAGUCAAGUGUUCGACGACGAUUCUCUGAUUUUGAGUGGCUGAGGAAUGAGCUUGAACGUGAUUCUAAGAUUGUAGUCCCUCCACUACCAAGUAAGGCACUGAAGCGUCAGCUCCCGUUCCGUGGAGAUGACGGGAUCUAUGACGAGAACUUUAUCGAGGAUAGAAGAUCAGGCCUCGAGGGAUUCGUCAACAAAAUUGCUGGACAUCCUCUGGCUCAGAACGAAAAAUGUCUUCAUAUGUUCCUUCAGGACCCCAAUAUUGACCGAAACUAUGUUCCCGGAAAGAUCAGGAACGCCUGAACCGAAGAAAAACCCAGGAUAUUGACAGAUAGAUAAAUAUAUAUUCAUGAAUAUAUAAAUAUACAGGGUUAGUCACUAAACAUUAAACUGGAAACAACGAUAAUAUGCUUCAUAUGUGAGUGCUUGAAUCCUUAUAGUUCCGUGUUUUUUGAACAACCUUGGAUAUCGGAAGAUUUAUAAUUGU